CACAUCUCACUGCUGUGCUGCUGCUUCCCCCCAGCGCGCGCGACUCUUUUGGGAAUUCCGGAUCAGACCGGAUUUACUUUCACUUUCACUUUCUGCAACGAGCUCCGGCGCUUCUGGCUCUGCUUCCUCGCAAGUAACUGCGUGAAUCUGUUCUGUGGCGCUUUGAAAACAAUUCGAGAGGCUGUAUUUCAGUGAAAGAGCUUUCAUCCGAGUGAAAAACAUUCCCCAGAACAAGAUGACGUCAUUAGACAUGAGUCCUGCGUCGAAAAAACAGGUUGAUGGGUUUACAAAGAAGCUCACCAGAGAGGCAGAGCAGCUCGUCUCAACUUUCUUCCCUCAGAUGAUUUCAGAAAUGGACAACCUGCUCCAGGCAUCGCUGGUUUUGGAAGACCUUUCUGCUCUCAGAGCGCCGCUGGACAUCCCGAUACCCGACCCUGCCAAAGAGGAGCUGAAGAGAAAGAAGAAAGAAGAGAAACAAGCAAAGGAAGGAAAGAAAUCCGAAGACAAAGAGGAAGACGAAGCUGGUCCUCCCUGUGGUCCCAUCGCCAGUAACGAGAAAGUGGACAAUCUCAUUAAAGAGAUAAAACCCCACAUUCAGAUGCUGAAAGAAAAACUCAAUACAGUGUCCAUGUGGGUACAGCUGCAGAUCCCCAGGAUUGAGGAUGGGAACAACUUUGGUGUCGCCGUGCAGGAAAAGGUAUUCGAGCUGCUGACCAACACCCGCACCAAGAUCGAAGGAUUCCAGACGCAGAUCACAAAGUAUUACAGCGAGAGAGGUGAUGCUGUGGCCAAGGCUGCCAAACAACCACAUGUGGGUGAUUACAGACAGCUUGUUCACGAGUUGGAUCAGCACCAGUACUGUGAGCUGCGCAUCGUGGUUCUGGAGAUUCGCAAUACAUACGCUGUGCUGUUUGACGUCAUCAGCAAGAACUAUGACAAGAUUAAGAAGCCCAGAGGAGAUUGUAAAGCUCUUAUCUACUGAGAAACAAACACCAUCAACACUUGUUUAAAUAUUGCAUAUUAGAUUUCGGUUUGUGAUGCUUCCUCACAAAGCGGAGACAGAUGUGAAAUCGCCUUUGUUCAUCUUUACAUAAUAAAGCAGUGACAUUGUGUA